GAAAAUGUCUCUGGGUGAUAAACAAACUAUCUGUUUUAGGAAAUAGUAACUAUAAAUAUAUAUAGUAAAUAUUUUAAACAUAUAAACCACAAUGAAGGAAAUAUGCCGAGUUUGCCAGCGAAAGUCGGCAAGCCUGGCCAACAUUUUCGAAGGGAAGCAAGAUCGCGGUGUCCCCAUUGCGCAUAUGAUAUCCGAAGUUACCGGUUCAACCCUCGCGAAAGGGGACGCACUUCCGGAAUUCAUUUGCCCGCCCUGCCUGCAAGACGCCCAAAAUGCUUUCGAUAUUAUCAAAACCUACGAGCGCAGCUACAAGAUCUUUUGCGAGGCAAAGGAUGCGAUCCUGGAGGACGAUCUGUCGGAGGAAGAAGUAUGCCUGAUAUCAGAUAGCGAGAGUGAGAAAUCGUUCCACGCCAAGGUCAACGGCCAUGCCAAGGAAGAGACAUUAAAUGGAACCGAAAUCUAUGAGUUAUCAGAAAGUGAAUGUGAUCAAUCCGAACAACAAUCACAAGCCGAUGCCAUUGAAGACGAUGAUGCCAAUAAUAAUGUUAUCGAUAGUGCUGAAUCAAAGUUACAGGGGCUAGUAAGGAAUGAAUCCUUCGAACAAGUCAAGAAAGCCUAUGAUACAUCAGGAGAUGAAAGUGAUGAAGAUGACAUUAAGGAAGAUUCCGAUGAUAGCGAUUAUGUGGUCAAAAGAGUUCGCUCAAAGCAGCAGAUGAAGAAUAAUAAGUGUUCCUAUUGCCAAAAGACCUUCCCGCGUAACGCUGUUCUCCAGGCGCACAUUCGCAUCCAUACGGGUGAACGGCCAUUUAAAUGUCCCACAUGCCCAGAGUCCUUUCGACUCAAACUCCAACUCACGCGUCACAUAUUGGAACAUACGGGCGAACGUCCCUAUAAGUGUAGUCAGUGCCCAAAAGACUUCCGCGAUCCCUGUGGCUUAAACCAUCACAUCAAGACUCACUCGGGGAAGAAACCCCAUCAGUGUUCACUUUGCAAGAAGCGCUUUCUCUCUAAGGGUAAUCUUAACAAGCAUAUUAUGACCCACACGGGAGAAAGGCCCUAUAAGUGCAACGUCUGCAUGUCAGCUUUUUCGAAUCCAACAAACCUGAGACAACACAAGCGGAUUCACACUGGGGAACGAUACUUUAAAUGUAAAUAUUGUGAUGAGUCUUUUAUGUAUAAGGGUGCUCUUGACAAGCAUAUACUGGCUCACACACAGCCAAAUGUUGCGCGGAAUGACAAACCUAAACGUGCCAGGAUUCCCUAUGAGAAGAAAGAAUCAUACCAGUGUUCAACCUGCCCUAUGACUUUUCCUAAGAAGUCCUAUCUAGAUCGUCACUUCAAGACCCACACGGGAGAACGACCGUUCAAGUGUGAACAUUGUGAAAAAGCCUUUUUGGCUCGCGGAAACCUUGUUAAACAUAUUAGGAUCCACACGGGGGAACGACCCUUUAAGUGUACAAUCUGCGAGUCAACUUUUACGGAUGGAUCGAAUCUAAACCAACACAUGCGAAUUCACAAAGUAGAAAAAAAGUUUAAGUGUGAUAAAUGCGAAAGGUCUUUCCCGGAGAAGAGUAGUCUCGAGAAACAUGCAUGGACUCACAGAAGUCUACCGUUUAAAUGUGACCAUUGCAAUAAGCCUUUUCCGGAUAAGGAUCGACUUGAGAGACAUGCAAAGAAUUACAAUCAGACUGACCGGGGUUGCAUUAGAAAGCGCCUCAUAGACUACUAUAAGAUUAAGAAAGUCAAUUGUCCCCUCUGCCCGAAAUCAUUUCCGUUUCAAUCAGUCCUUAACGUUCACCUCAGGCGCCACACUGGAGAACGACCUUAUAAAUGUAGUUAUUGCAAAAAGGGCUUCGCGGAAACCAGUAGUCUUCAUAAUCACAUAAGGAUCCACACGGGGGAAAAGCCUUUCAAGUGCGCCAUCUGUCAGAAAGCUUUUACGGAUAUAUCAAACCUCAUCCAUCACAAAAAGGUCCACGCGAAAAAAGGACCUGUUAAAUAGGAUGAUAGCGAAAACUCUUUCUUUAAUAAGGGACGACGUCUUGAGGGACGUAUAAGAACACAUGCGGGGGAAAACCCUUCAGGUGUCCUCAACCUCUGGCAUUUUUACAUACAUAAGGGAAAGCACUCAUUCCCAAAGGCAUAUAAACCCCCAUAUGACAACGAUAUUAUUUUAUAUAUCUUAUUAUAAAUAGUAGUUUUAACUUUUGAAUUCAUUUCAAACCUGCUUUUGUUUCUGUAUAAAAACCUGCAUGUUUAGCUUUAAAUCUA